AUGCCCAAAAGUAGCCUCACUUCUCCAAGGGAUGCACCAGAGCAGGGAGCUGUCCAGCCAAAUACCCUCUUGCCUUUGCUGCAGCCUCUGCUCCUGGGCAGUGGACCAGGAGAGCAGAGGGACAAAGGCUGUGCCAUAUCUGUGGACAGCCUCCAACAGGCUGAGUCCUGGGAAGCUAAUGUAGCAUAUGCUACAGGUGCCAUCAAAAUGAGCGUUCUGCCUAGAAGUUCCCGAAAGGGAAGCAGGGGCUUUGCAGAUGUGAUUAAAUUAAAAGUCUUGAGGCGGGAGAUUAUCCCGGGUUUUUCAAUCAAUUGCGUAGAUCCUUGCCUGGAGGGCAAGCACUGCAGGAAAGGAAUGGAUGAAGGCCGAAUGCGGAAGAAAGGAGGUGACCCAGGUGUCCUCGUGGGAGUGACAUCCUCUUUAAACCCUGCAUGGCAAUCCCUGACCCACCGCGGUGAUGCCAGGGAUGAUAGGGUGACCUGGAAGUCCAACUACUUCCUUAAGAUCAUCCAACUUCUGUAUGCAGCAGAUCCGCAGUCCCUCCGCGGGAAGGCUGUGGUGCUGAUGGGCAAGAACACCAUGAUGCGCAAGGCCAUCGGAGGACAUCUGGGAAACAACCCAGCUCUGGAGAAACUGCUGCCGCAUAUCCGGGAGAAUGUGGGCUUUGUGUUCACCAAGGAGGACCUCACUGAGAUCAGGGACAUGCUGCUGGCCAAUAAGGUGCCAGCUGCUGCCCAUGUUGGUGCCAUUGCCCCAUGUGAAGUCACUGUGCCAGCCCAGAACACUGGUCUGGGGCCAGAGAAGACCUCCUUCUUCCAGGCUUUAGGCAUCACCACUAACAUCUCCAGGGGCACCACUGAAAUCCUGAGUGAUGUACAGCUGAUUAAGACUGGAGACAAAGUGGGAGCCAGUGCAGCCACACUGCUGAACAUGCUGAACAUCUCUCCCUUCUCCUUUGGGCUGAUCAUCCAGCAGGUAUUUGACAAUGGCGGCAUCUACAAACCAGAAGUGCUUGACAUCACAGAGGAAACUCAUUUCCACUUCCUAGAGGGUGUCUACAAUGUUGCCAGUGUAUGCCUUCAGAUUGGUUACCCAACUGUUGCAUCAGUAACCCAUUCUAUCAUCAGGUACAAGCAAGUUCUGGCUUUGUCUGUGGGGACUGAUUACACCUUCCCACUUGCUGAAAAGGUCAAGGCUUUCUUGGCUGAUCCAUCUGCUUUUGUGGCCGCCACCACCACUGCUGCUCCUGCUGCUGCUGCAGCCCCAGCCAAGGUUGAAGCAAAGGAAGAGUUGGAGGAGUUGGACGAGGAUAUGGGAUUUGGUCUCUUUGAUUAAUUACCAAAAAACAACCAGCUCAGC